AUGGACGGUUCCAUCACCAAAAGCAGCAAGAGAUCAAGAAGCAGCGGUAGCAGAUCCUCAAGAAGAAGAUCUCGUCGUACUAGCAGCACAAGCAACAGUCCAAAGAGGAGCAACGAACCGCGUCGAACCAAGAAAAGCAAAGAAGAACAUGAAGCCAAGGAUAAAGCUCGAGCCGAGCGUGACAGUGGUACCUCUAGGGCAAAUGCCGUCGAUCAUACUGGCGUAGUAGCAGCAGCACCAGUGGAACCAACGAAAGGCCGCAGCAACAAAUAUCGAAGUAGCAAAAGAAAAAGCCAAGAACAACAACAAGAAGAUCAAUACACCAAGGAUGCUGCUGCAAAGGUGAACAAUCUCAUGGAUCGAAUGAGCGAACCCAUUACUGGACCAAUGCCGGGUGCACAUGCGGAUUCACGUGGAACUCAGGAGGCAAAAGACAAAAGCUCUGGAAAAGAACGAUUCCGCAGACCUGUGGGAACCCAAUCUGUGUUUACGGUGGAAGAACGAGCGAGACUUGAAGCUGACAAGGGAGACAAUAUGGAUGGACUUUUGAUGGCGAAUGCUGUAGACAGCAACGAUACCGACCUUGCUAUGGCACUACUCAAUUCGAUGCUUGAUCAGAACGAAGACCCAAGUGGUGGUGACAAAGCAUUGAAAACAUUGAGACGCGAGUUUGAGUUCAAGGAAAAGAAGCGUCAACAAGAAAUCGAUGAGCUCAAUCGGCGUCUAGCCAAAAAGAAGGCGGAAGAAGAAGAACGAAAGAAGCGACGAAAGCAAAUCAUCAAAAUUAUGAUCUGCGUUUUUGUUCUCAUUGCCGCCGGAAUCGGUGCAGUCUACGCUGGUGCAAUCUUUGCUUUGAACAGGGAUGAAGCAAUCCCUAACGAUGAAAGCAGCAAAGCCUCAGAUGCGCCUACAACUGGGACUCAAUCUGUUUCGCCUUCGGAAGGUCCUACAGCCAUCUUUCAACUCUACGAUCCACCAAGUCUGGAAGACUGUGAACUCGUGGCCCUGAACCGUACUUCCCCCGAGGAACGAGCCGAAUUGGAUCAAUUUAACUUUGGUCUUACCAUUGAUGUCACUUUGGAAACGGAGGAGGACAUCAAUACGAGUCAAGUCUUUACCCUAGCCUCAGCCAUUCAACAGAAGCUUGUUCCUCUGUUGAUUGGUUGUUCCGAUAUCAGUCGUCGCAACUUGGUAGAGGCAGAUACCUCCAUGAUCCGAGGUGCCUCUCAGAACCAUAGACUUCUUGCAUUUGGCGAGAAUCUUCGUGAGAAACGCUAUGUGAUUAGGGAUGCCUUUGUAAAGGGAACGCUACAGGACGCUGACUGUACCGAAACUCGAUUCACGGCGCAAUGCCACAGAGUGUUUUUGGAACUCUCCGUAUUCUUGAAGGGACCAAUUCCACCCUUUCAGAUUAUCACAUUGAUCUCCGAAGCUGAGAAAGAAUUGAUUGCGGAAGGUGAAGAAAAUAACUUGAAAGUUCCAUUGGAAUUGGAGUUUCCCUUCUUUGCCGUUCGAUUGGUUGAAGGUAUUAGUAACCUCUCACCAACAACGACACCUUCUUCGAUGCCAACGGGAAUUCCAAGCAUCCCACCUUCGGAUGUGCCAUCCGAGACUCCCACUGGAGGUUCUGGUCCGGGUGGUCCAGGUGGUCCGGGUGCUCCAACAUCUCCAACACUAGCUCCCGUUAUUAGCGAAGGUGAAGGAAGUAUGCAGCCUAGUUCCGUUCCUUCCGAGUCUCCAUCUGAAUUUCCAACUUCGGCUCCGGUAUCUGGUCCAACACUUCCAGCAACACCACGUCCUACUGCAUUGCCAUCUUCUGCACCAAGUCUUGUGCCUACAAUUUCCCCUUCUUCGGCACCAACAUUGGCUCCUGUGAUUGGCCCAACUCCUCCACCGUCGAGCCAACCCAGCGUAGUACCAUCUGUUGGACCGAGUUUGGUUCCAUCAUCCAAGCCGAGUAGGGCUCCUUCUUCCCUACCAUCAAUGUGGCCAUCAAUGAGGCCAUCUUCCGAUCCAUCAACGAAGCCAUCAACGAAACCAUCUGUCGCUCCGUCAAUGAAGCCUUCUAUGGUUCCUUCGGAAGCUCCCAGUGGAUCUCCGUCAGCCAAAUUAUGCUACUGUUUGCUCUCAGACUCCUGUGACAGUCCCAUUUCUCGCGUUACGAUUGGUUGUGGUUCUUGCGCUGCUAGCCAAUCUUGUGUGAAUCUAUCUGGAACAGGAACAAUUGGAGAGAAUUCUUGCCUCGAGGCAAACGCUUGCGAUGGAACAACUCUGGGCACUAUUGGCGAUGGCAGCUGUACUCUGGCGAAUGCAUGCAAUGGCGCAGACAUGGGUACUAUUGCCGGUGGUAGUUGCACCGGAUUGGAUGCUUGCAAUGGCGCUACCGGGACGAGGAUCCUCGGCGGUAGCUGCCUUGUUACAAAUUCUUGCAAUGCCGCACAAGUGGAUAUCAUUGCCACCGGUAGCUGCACUGGAUUGAAUGCUUGCACUAACGCUGCCGGGACACGAAUCGGCGCUGGUAGCUGCCUUGCUGAAAAUUCUUGCAAUGGAGCGACGACCGAUAUUGGCACCGGAAGCUGCACAACAACAAGAAGUUGUGCUCUGCGGGAAAUAACAGCUCUUGAUGGGAGUUGCGUUGGAGAAAAUUCGUGUCGGAAUGAUGCGAAUGGAUCGCUCGGUGCUCUGGAUGUUGGAGCUGACUCUUGUGACAGUGCUUACGGAUGUUUCUCACAAAGUGGAACAGUAAGAGAUACGUCUUGUCUCGGUGAUUAUGCAUGUGCAGGACGGAGUGUACUGGAUAUUGGAGAAGGCAGUUGCACAGUGGUCAACUCUUGCUCAGGUGAAGAAGAUGCAUCGGGCACUGUACCCUCUACCUUUGCGAAACCAAUCAAAGUGGGAGCAGGUACUUGUACAGGAUCAGGUUCCUGUCGCGGACGCGAGUUGGAUGCUGGUGCGGCCAGCUGCAUUGCUGCUUAUAGCUGUGAUGGCUUUGGCAACCAGGGCGGUACUAUCAAAUUAGAUCCUUCCAAGACAGGGGCACUCACUGUGGGGGAUGGUUCGUGUACCGGCUUGAAUGGGUGCUUGUCGUAUAGUGGGAAAGUCGAGGCAACAUCGUGCACUGGCGAGAAUGCGUGUGCCGGACGAAAUGUAUUGACUAUUGGAGAAGACAGCUGCAAGGGAGCAGGGGCUUGCUCAGGUUUAGUAAGCGACCAAGGGAAGGAUAUAGUUCCAACUGAUUCUGCAGCCAUUAGAUCGAUGACAGUCGGCAGCGGCAGUUGCAAUUGCGUUGGUUGUUGCGUGUGCAUGACUGUAGUUGGUGAUGACAAAUGCAAUACACUCAGCAACAACGCAGCCUUCGGCGCGUGUUGCAAUUAUAACGGUGAUCUCCUACUUCCAUCUUCGAUUUUACCCUAG